GUUAUGAACAGUGUCAGAUUGCUGAUUGUAAACAAAACCAGCUGCAUCAGAUUGCUGGUUGUGCUCAGUCACAGGUUAUGAACAGUGUCAGAUUGCCGAUUGUAAACAAAACCGCAGAUGCAAAACCACGCUGAAUUUGCAUGGGCUACAUAUUUGGGACAACACCAAGCUUUGCAAAUUUCACGCUGAAUUUAGCUACAUAUUUGGGACAACACCAAGCUUGCAAAUUCACGCUGAAUUUGGAUGGGCCACACAUUUGGCAGUUGGCACAACACCAAAGCUUGCAGUUUCAGGUGCGCUAAAGAUCGACCCAACGUGCAUGCAACAAAGCUGCAACUCGCCAACUCCCUCCCUCUCCCGUCGGCGAGCGAGACAGACGCGCGCACCUGCCUGCCCAUGGCGUCCUCUCUCUCCCCUCUCCUCCCAGCGGGAAUCGCGGCCGGCCCCCUCCCUCCACCCCUCCCCACCGCGCGGGCAUGCGUGCACGCACCCACUGCGUCGAUCGCCAUUUCUGGCCCCGGCUAAAUCAGGAUAUAGACUAGUGAGAGAGCGACAAGAGGCGGAGGAAGAGGAGGAGGAGGUGCUGCAUGCUGCUGCUGCGUUGGUGGUGGCUGUGGAGGUGCGGAGAUCGUCGAUCGGUCGCUGCGGUUCGUCGGCGGCGGUGUUGAGAUGUCGAUGGACUUCGGCGCCCCGGCGGAUGAUCCCAAGGUCUUCCGCAACAUCUGCCGCGACCGGAUACUGAAGGACUUGCUCAAGCCUGACAAAGAUAAGGAGACCAAAAGCUCAUGGAAGGUUCUUAUAAUGGAUAAAUUUACAGUGAAGAUCAUGGCUUAUGCUUGCAAGAUGGCAGAAAUUACCGAUGCUGGGAUUUCACUUGUAGAAGAUCUGUUCAAGAGAAGGGAGCCAAUGCCUUCAAUGGAUGCAAUAUACUUUCUUCAGCCACUGAAAGAAAAUGUCAUAAUGCUUCUGUCUGACAUGUCUGGGAGAUGUCCACUUUACAGGAAGGCAUACAUCUUCUUCAGCUCACCGAUUCCUAAAGAAUUGGUAACUUACAUAAAGAAUGACAGUAGUGUAAUACCACGCAUCGGUGCACUAAGAGAGAUGAAUUUGGAAUUCUUCGCUAUUGACAUGCAGGGCUUUGUAACCGACCAUGAUAUGGCCCUGAAUGAUUUAUACGGCCCGAGUGAGCAAAAUUCCAAAAAGUUCAACGAUACUAUAAGCACAAUGGCUACUCGCAUUGCAACUACAUUUGCAUCAUUGAAGGAAUUUCCAUGUGUGCGGUAUCGGGCACCAAAAGGAGAUGGUUCCACAAAAACUAAAUUUGAUAUGGUUCCAAAGUGGCUUGCUACCGCUGUUUGGGAUAUUGUGUCAAAAUAUAAAUCAACUAUUCCUGAAUUUCCCCAGAAGGAGACAUGUGAACUGCUAAUUGUCGACAGGCCCAUAGAUCAGAUAGCACCUGUUAUUCAUGAAUGGACCUAUGAUGCAAUGUGCCAUGAUCUACUCGAAAUGGAUGGCAACAAAUACAUAUAUGAGGUAUCAAAGAUGGAUUCAGAACCCGAAAAGAAGGAAUCUUUAUUAGAGGAUCAUGAUCCUAUUUGGCUUGAACUUCGCCAUGCUCACAUAGCUGAUGCUAGUGAGAGGUUGUAUGAAAAGAUGAAUAAUUUUGUUGCCAAGAAUAAAGCAGCACAACUUUCAAGAGAUGGUGGUGAAGUCUCAACAAGGGAUCUGCAGAAAAUCGUUCAAGCAUUACCGCAAUACAGUGAGCAAGUUGAGAAAUUGACACUACAUAUAGAGAUUGCUGGAAAAAUUAACAGGUGUAUCAGGGAGUAUGGGCUCCGUGACAUUGGGCAACUGGAGCAGGAUUUGGUUUUUGGAGAUGCGGGAGCGAAAGAAGUGAUCAGUAUCCUCAGGUCAAAGCAGGAUAUGAGUCCAGAAAACAAAAUGAGGUUGCUGAUUAUAUAUGCAAUUGUAUAUCCAGAGAAGUUUGAAGGUGACAAAGGGGAAAAGUUGAUGCAGCUAGCGAAGCUUCCACAUGAUGAUAUGGAUGUAAUAAACUGUUUAAGUUACUUGGAUGGUUCAAAUACAAAAAAGUCAUCAAGGACUGGUACUUUCUCUCUCAAAUUUGAUGCCCAAAAGAAGAAAAAUGCUGCCAGAACAGACAAACAUGAUGGUGAGGAAACAUGGGCUUUAUCACGUUUUUUUCCGCUUAUUGAGGAGCUGAUUGAGAAACUGAGCAAGGGUGAAUUACCUCUAAAAGAGUACCCAUCUAUGAGUGAACCAAGUUCUGCUCCUCAAGGUGCCACACAAACUGCAUCAUCAACUGCACGACCAGCACAAAAUCAACCAAUGUCUAUGAGAUCAAGGCGGACACCAACAUGGGCAAAAUCUCGAAAUUCUGAUGAUUCUCAAUCAAGUGAUUCUUCAGUCCUGAGACACGCAUCAGGUGACUUCAAGAGGCUAGGAAACCGGAUUUUUGUCUUCAUGGUUGGUGGAGCUACUAGAUCUGAAUUGCGCACGGUGCACAAGCUUACAAUGAAAAUGAAGCGUGAAAUUGUCUUGGGCUCUUCUAGCAUCGAUGAUCCUCCACAAUUUAUUUCGAAGCUCAAGUCGAUAGGUAGUGCUACUAAGACCUAGCUUGUAUGCCGAGUGAUGAAAUGGAUUAUUACCCUAUAGUACUCAGUAUAAGCUUACAGUAGACAUACUUCACCAAUGAACAGUUCUACAUUUUACCAGGAUGACGUUGUCGAUUGUCACUAGUGACCGAUUGUCUAUCGAACUAAUCACAGUUAUUCUUCUUUAUUUUUUUUGAAUUGAGGAAGUGAGCUGGCGUAUCUGGUUGUAAAAUAAGAAAUACGCAGUAUGUGCAAAACAUUUUGUCUGUUUUUUGAUGUUCUUGUUGACAAACAGAUUAAUAGAAAAGUCAUUAGGACGGUUUUUGCAAAAAUAUUUAGU